UGGGCACGACACGAUUCGCUUCCGGCUUCUCCGUGUGUGAACUGAAUGAACUCAACUGGCGCCGCGACGGACACCAACGAACGUUAGCUUCUCUGUGUGGCCGUGCGGGCGCGCGCCAUGACGACCGCCACUGCCAUCGUCGCCGGCCACGGCAUCGCCCUACGCCGGAGCCUCCACCUCCCGAACCCGCCGGGGAAGCCCAGCUCCGCCUCCUUCUCCGCGCGGCCGUACCCUCACCCGCACUACCGCCUCGCCGUCCCCACGCCGAGGCGGCCCUGCCGGUCCAUCUCCUCCGAGAGCCCCACGGCCUCCGCGGCGGCGGACACCGCCGAGGGAGAGGACGACCCCGCAGCCGCUACAAUCGAGGAGGAGGAGGAAGAAGAAGAGCUGGACCCGCUGGCGGAGGUGUGCUACCUGGACCCGGAGGCGGACGCGGAGGGGAUCCGGGAGUGGGAGGUGGACUUCUGCUCGCGGCCCAUCCUGGACGCCAGGGGGAAGAAGGUGUGGGAGCUUGUGGUCUGCGACGCCACGCUCUCCCUCCAGUUCACCCGCUUCUUCCCCAACACCUCCAUCAACAGCGUCACCCUCCGCGACGCGCUCGCCUCCGUCUCCACCUCCCUCGGCGUGCCGCUGCCCGACCGGGCCCGAUUCUUCCGGUCGCAGAUGCAGACCAUCAUCUCCAGGGCCUGCAACGAACUCGGGGUCAAGGCCGUGCCCAGCCGCCGCUGCGUCUCCCUGCUGCUGUGGCUCGAGGAGCGGUACGAGACGGUGUACAGCCGACACCCGGGGUUCCAGCAGGGCACCAAGCCGCUGCUCACGCUCGACAACCCAUUCGCAUCCAACCUGCCCGACAACCUCUUCGGCGACAAGUGGGCCUUCGUGCAGCUCCCCUUCGCUGAUGUCAGGGAAGAAGUGGAGUUGUUGGGGAGGAGGUACGCAUUCGGGGCGGGGCUCGAUUUGGACCUCUUGGGGUUUGAGCUUGAUGAAACCACGCUAGUCCCUGGUGUUGCUGUGGAAUCUUCGCGCGCCAGGCCUCUGGCUGCUUGGAUGAAUGGUCUGGAGAUCUGUUCAAUGGAGGUCGACACCGACAGAGCAAACCUGAUCUUAUCAGCCGGAGUUUCCACCAGAUACGUAUAUGCGGCCUACCAGAAGAGCGCAGCGACGACGCAGGAGGCGGAAGCAUGGGAGGCGGCGAAGAAGGCCUGCGGCGGCCUGCACUUCCUGGCGAUCCAGGAGAACCUCAACUCCGACAGUUGCGUGGGUUUCUGGCUCCUGCUAGACCUCCCUCCACCGCCUGUAUGAUCUGGGUAGCGUGUGGCCGAGAGUCACUGAGACCGCUGUAGUAUGUGUAGUGCCAAAAAUCAGAUUUUGCAAUACAAGGUGUUUCAUUUUAGUUCGUUGAUUACUGCACAGAGGUGUACUGCUCGACAAAAAGGGAGAGGAAAUAUCAUACCUUAAAGUUUAGCGCCA